AGCUGUUUUUGCUGGAGCCGUCCUCCCACCGUCUGGCGCGGCCUGGAGCCCACUGCUUGGGGGAGCAUGCGCCGCAGGGGGCCGAAUUAACAUGCGGGCCGCGGCGCCGGAAGGCGGAUCCGCGGCCGAGCAUGCGGUGCAAUAUUUCGCCGUCGUUGGGAGCGAGCUGGACGGGCCGCGGCCUCGUGCCGGCGACAGCUUGGGCGUCGUCGUGCUGCAGCGCUACCCGCUGGACGACCACGAGGGCCUGGGGUUCCCGCCGGCUCUGGCGUCCUUCUGCUUCCCUCGCGGUGGUGCCACUGCAGUCGCCCAGGAGGAGGAUGCGCCGCUUGCCAGCACGCUCCACGGCUUCGUUCUGACGAACGAGACCAGCGACCGUUGUUACGGGGCAGCGUUGCACAUAUGGGAAGUGCAACCCUGCGGCAGCGUCCUAGUGCCCAAGGCGCUGGCGGUUGUCGGCAUGCAGCCCCUGUGGAGCGCGUUCCACGCCUUCCUGUGCAUGGCCGCGCGCACCGCGUGUCGGGAGGCGCUCGUGGUCAACUUCGUGGCCGAGACCCCGCUGCCCCCGCCGGGGUUCUCCGUGCACGUCCAGCUGCAGGCGGGCGCCUGCAGGGUCCGGGAGGCGCCGCUGGUGCUACGGCGCCCGGCCCCGAACCAGUUGCCGUUGCUGGACCUCGGAUCUGCCGCUGCGGCUGCUCUUCGAGCGGCUGCGGCCCGAGAACGUGGUUUUCCUCGUGGAGGCGCUGCUGCUGGAGAACGCCGCGUGGUGCUGCACUCCGAUCACCUCUCCCUCCUGAGCGCCGUGGGCGAGAUGCUCGUGGGCCUCGUGUGGCCGCUGCGGCUCGCCGCCGUGUACGUGCCUCUGCUGCCCAACGCGCUCGUCGACUUCUGCGGGGCGCCCAUGCCCCUGAUGGUCGGCAUCGACUCGCAGAUGGUGGACCGCGCCGAGGCGGUCUGCGAGCCCCACACGAUCUUCGUGGACCUCGACCAGAGCCGCGUGCGCACGGCGGGCGGCGACGGCUGCACCGCCGUCACCGUGGACCUGCUCUCGGUGGGCGGGGCCGACCAGGGCGUGGUGGGCCCCCUGCCGCCGCCGCCCGAGCGGCCGCACCGCAAGCUGCUCACCCGCGUGGGCCUCGCGAUGCAGGGCGUGGACUUCCAGGCCCGGGAGCGGGGCGCCCGCUCCUUCUUGCACCGGCCGCGCGGGAGCCCGCCGCAGGCGGGGCUGCUGCGGCGCCAGCCCAUCGACUCGAGCCUCGGCAGCGUCGGCUCCCUGGUGCGGCCCGGCGCGGCGCUGCCGUGGCGGUCCCCCGCCUUCGGCGGCCCGGCCACGCCCGACGCCGCCCUGGCGGAAGCGGGCCUCAGGGGCUUCCAGUGGCCAGAGGGCUCCCAAGCCUGGGAAAUGGGCGACGCCGCCAACGGCAGCCACGUGCUCGCGCACCGCGACGGUUCCGCCGCCGACCGGGGGGUGGCGCCCGGGGACCCGUCCUCGGCGGAGGCGGAGCCAGACGCGCUCUUGCGCUCGGCCUUCCUCUGGUUCAUGACAGACCUCCUCGUCGACCACGCCAAGUUCAUCGGCCCGAAGCACGAGAACGGCUUCGACCACGCCGGCUUCCUGGCCCAGCGGCCCGAGUGCGACCGGCCGUUCCUGCUGGAGCUCACGGGCACGCAGAUGUGGGCGGUGUGGAUUGCGAGGCGGCAGGACCGGGACUCGAAGGACGUCCUCCUCUUCGACGACAUCAUCAACCAGAAGCUCAAUCGGAAGGAGACCACGACGACGCUGAAGAAGUUCGCGACGCCCCUCCUGAACAACCACUUCUGGAACUGCCACGGCUCGGGGGAGUACUACGUGGUGCCCGACCCGCCGUGCCAGGAGCCCGGCAGCCCUCCGGGCGAGGAGGUGCGCGGCGCGGCCGCCCCCUCGCGCCGCUGGGCGCUCGACCUGGCCAGGCUCCCGGCGCCGCGGCCCCUGCCGAACCUGCAGGCGUCCCUGCCGCUGCCGGCGCGCGCGCCUCGCCACGCCGCCCACGCCGACGGGGCGGCGGGCCGGGACCCCCUGCUGUCGCAGCAGCGGGCGCCGCUGCAGUGGUACGUGUGCCACUGCUGGCUGCUGACGUGGGCCGCCUUCCUGCCGGAGGUCCCUGGCGACGGCGCGCUGCUCUGGGCGAAGAUGGACGUGUGCCUGGGCGUGCUGCACAGGAUGGUGGCCCCCGCCGAGCAGCGGUCCGACUGGCCCCCCCCGCACGACCUGGCGCUCAGUUUGCUCGCCGCAGCCUGCGCCAGGUGCGGUCCCGCGAGGGUGGAUCUCGCUCGGCGCCUCUUCACGUGGAUGCGGGCGCGGCGCCUUGGGGCGGCGACGCAUCCCCGCAGCACCGCCGUGUUCUUCGAGCGUUUUGUGCAGUUGUGCGCCUCUGGAGGUCCCUCGGCGCCUUCGGCGCCCGUCCGGAGGUCGCCCGCGGAGAAGAGCGGGGGCUCGGUCGAGAAGGUUGCCCGCAUGGCCGAGGCGCGCGUCGCGGAGGAGCUCCUCGCGCGGCCGUCUGGCCCGCAUGCCGCUCCUGCCACGGUGCCCGCCGAGUCGCCGCUGCAGGUCGGGCGGCUGACCCUGACGCACGCAGGCUGCUGCCCCAAGUGCGAGAGGCUGCUGACAGUCCACGAGGUGAUGGCUCAGUGGGCCAAGCCUGGGGCGGAGGAGGCCAGCGCAGUCCGCUGCUCGGGCUGCGCCUCCCACGCCGAGCCGCUCCUGCACGUGGCCGGGGCGGGCGCGCCCGUGGCGCAGGUGCCGCUCCUGCACCCUCGGCGCCUGGCCGCGUCGCUCCCGCAGCGCCUCGGGGGCGCCCCGCUGGCGGCGGGGCCCGGGUGCCUGGCGGGGCUGGCCGCGGAGGACUUCCCCGCGUGGGCCAGCCUGCUCUGGCACUUCCGCGCCGCGGGCCUCUUCUCCCAGCACCUGGCGGCGGCCGCCCUCGGCCGCCCCUGGCCGGCGGGCGGCGGCGGCCCCCCCGGCCGAGGCCCGGGCGCCCCCGCCGCCGCGCCGCCGCAGGCGCGCCCCCGCGAGGGCGCCGCGCGGGAGGCGGCUGGGGAGCUCGUCCUGGAGGCGGCCCCAGCCCUCUCGGAGGGUGCCGGCGGCGGCCCGCAGGGGCCGGCGGCGGUGGCCCUGGAGGCGCUGGAGCUCCCGCCAGACACGCCGGGGACCUCGCUCUCGAAGGAGGGCGGCACCAGGGUGCCCAGCACUGCCGCCAGCACGCCCCUGGAGCCCCGCAGCGUCAGCCGCGAGGCGCUUGAGCGCCUGCAGGUGGACCGCGAGGACCUGGUGGCCCAGCUGGCCCUGAGCGCUCGAGCGGUCGAGCAUCUGCGCAUGCAGCGGGAGGACCGCAGCGUCAGCCGCGAGGUGGACCGCGAGGACCUGGCGGCCCAGCUGGCCCUGAGCGCUCGAGCGGUCGAGCAUCUGCGCAUGCAGCGGGAGGACCUGGUGGCCCAGCUGGCCCUGAGCGCCCGAGCGGUCGAGCAUCUGCGCAUGCAGCGGGAGGACCGCAGCGUCAGCCGCGAGGCGCUCGAGUGCCCGCAGGUGGACCACGAGGUCAACGCCCACCUCUGGAGCAGGAGCCUCGCCGCCUUCGAGCCUGGCAGCUUCAGGGUGAAUAAGGUGCCCGCCCACUGCAGCUGGCAGGCAGUGCUCGACGGGCGCCUCACGGAGGCGCAGAGGCGCGGCAACCAGCACGCCGACCGCCUCGCCAAGUUGGGGGCUCGGCUGCACGCCGUGGACGCCCAGACCGUGGGCGAGCACCGUGCCCUGGCGGGUUUCGUCCAAGAGCUGGCCCGCUGGGUGGGCCAGGCGGCCGUCAUCUGGCAGGACAUCGUGGAGAAGGACAGUGACGGGUUCCUCGAGUCCGACGAGAGGCAGCGGGUGAGGUUUGCCGACCAUGAGGAGCGAGCCGAGCUUCCCACUGCAGGCAGGCCGACGGCUCAGCAGCCGCGCGUGGAGUGCGUGCGCUCGGUGGCCAGCGUUGUUGGCCUCUCCAUCACCACGGCUGGCAUCUGCUACCUCGGCCACUCCCUGGCGUACGCGUGCUGCGACGUGGGUGAGGAGCCCCAGGAGCUGGUGGCAUGCAGCAGGUGUGGGGCCUACAUGGUCCUCGGCGGCCGCUCUGGAGGCCGCCCAAAGCUCAAGGAGCCAUGCGUCGGCGAGAGGGCCACUGGGCAGCGCAGCCAGCGCCGCCUCUGGGCUCGAGGGCUGCAUCCAGGCGGACGGCCUCGCGGAGGAGACCAGCAGCGCAGGGAGAAAGGUGCCGAGAUCCCCGCGCUGCGGCUGCAGGGCCCCCUGCCCCCAUCGGCCCAGGAGGCCUUCCUGGCCUGGCUGGGCCUCGUGGGCGAAGUGGUGGCGGGCGGCGGCCCGCGGGCCGCCUUGCUGGCCGCGUACGGCAUGGACGAGCAGGACCUCGCCGAGCGGGUGCUGGCCGCCAACUCCGCCGCGGAGGUCUGCACCGGCGCCUCCCUGGCGCGCUCCGCGUGCCAGGGGCGGCCUGGGAACGCGCGGUGCUUGGGCGCCGUCUACGGCGGGGUGCUGGUCGACGUCGGGCGCGUCUCGCCCGGCGCAGCGCUGCCCGCCCUCCUCGCGGCCUUGGCCAGCAGCGGCUGGGCGGCCGAGUGGGCCGAGGACGUGGCCGGCUCGGCGGCGCGGAGGGCGCUGCGGCGCCUGAUGAGGGGUGCGGGAGCGCCCAUGGAUGGAGGCGCUGAGGCGGGCGGCGCCUCCGCCGCCGAGGCUCCAGCGAGCACGGCUGCCUCGGAGCCGGGGGAGCGCACGGAGGCGGGGGCUCCGCUCGGCGCUCUCUGCGCGGAGCGCGGGCCGCAGCCGUGGGACGACGGCGGCGCAGCGGGCGCCGACGGCUGCAGCGAGAUCAGCGACGACGCGGCCACGCUGCUGGGCCUGCACCGGGAGCGCGCCACAACGCUGGGAAGCGUGGAGGUCGACGGCACGCCCUCGGCCAGGGGUCUCUGGCCAGAGAUGGUCAUCUCGGCUCUCGUGUACAAUCCGUUACAUGCGACAGGUGACAGACUCGUGGAGAUGUCGCUCGAGCUCGCCAACAUCAAUGUGGAUGGAAGCAACGUGAUAUUCGCCAGAUUGCCGUGCCAGCUCCUGCACUUCAGGGCCGAGGGGUCUCUAUCGAGUGCGGCAAAGCGGGGUUGA